UGAGAGAUAAUUUAUGAAAACGUACCAGCGUCGUAUAGCUUUGUCUAGCUGACAGCGAAUAGGACGGAGCAGCCAAACUUGAGGAGAAGCAUACCUAACCAAGGCGCAAAGAAACAAGGGACACUUCGAAUUGUAUAAAGAUCCAGACUAUUUAUUUGGUGACUUGUCAAGAUGCCUGUUAUUAGAACUCUCAGCAAGGUGGCUAAGCAAGCCCUCCUGAACCCAGGAUGUGGCUGUCAGCCAAUCACAGUGGCCGUACGGACCAUCAGCUUCUCGCCCCGCCAGGUCACCUCGGACGCCAGCUUCCACUCCGUGUCCUUCUCCGAGACAGACCACCCCAAGGUGCUCAUCACAGGCGGCCUUGGACAGUUGGGGGUAGGGCUGGCUAAAAGGUUGAGGAAGCGGUUUGGAAACAACAAUGUAAUCCUGUCAGAUAUCAGGAAGCCUCCGAGCCACGUUUUCCACAGCGGCCCCUUCAUCUACUCUGACAUCCUGGACUAUAAGAACCUGCGUGAGAUUGUGGUGAAUAACCGCAUCACGUGGUUGGUCCAUUACAGCGCCCUGCUCAGCGCCGUGGGAGAGGCCAACGUAUCGCUGGCUCGCGACGUCAACAUCACUGGGCUCCACAACAUCCUGGACAUUGCAGCGGAGCACGGCCUGCGUCUGUUCGUCCCCAGCACCAUCGGAGCCUUCGGGCCCACCUCGCCCCGGAACCCGACCCCUGACCUCUGUGUCCAGAGACCCAGGACCAUCUAUGGAGUGUCCAAGGUCCACGCAGAGCUCAUGGGAGAGUACUACCACCACCGCUAUGGCCUUGACUUCCGCUGUCUGCGCUACCCAGGAAUCAUCUCUGCUGACUCACAGCCUGGAGGAGGAACGACAGACUACGCGGUGGCCAUAUUCCACGAUGCCGUCAAAACGGGGAAGUUUGAGUGUAACCUGAAGCCAGACACGAGGCUCCCCAUGAUGUACAUCGACGACUGUCUCCGUGCCACCGUGGAGAUGAUGGAAGCGCCCGCAGACACCCUGUCCAUGAGGACCUAUAACAUCAACGCCAUGAGCUUCACCCCUGAAGAGCUGGCUCAGGAGGUCCAGAAACAGCUGCCGGACCUAGAGGUCACCUACGACAUCGAUCAAGUCAGACAGGCCAUCGCUGACAGCUGGCCAAUGAAUUUUGACGACUCUAACGCGCGAAAUGACUGGGGCUGGAAACACAACUACGACCUCCCGGAGCUCGUCCAGACCAUGCUCAACUACAUCGGCUCAGACUCGCGCAUCGCACAGGCCAACUGAGAGGCCAGCGGUGGCGUGCUGCUGGAUGGCGUGCUGCUGGGUGGCGUGCUGCUGGGUGGCGUGCUGCUGGGUGGCGUGCUGCAGGGUGGCGUGCUGCUGGGUGGCGUGCUGCUGGGUGGCGUGCUGCUGGGUGACGUGCUGCUGGGUGGCGUGCUGCUGGGUGGCGUGCUGCUGGGUGGCGUGCUGCUGGGUGGCGUGCUGCUGGGUGGCGUGCUGGAGCAGUGUUGUUUCUUUGUACAUACUGUAAAAACUGUUGUUAUAGAGGAGGGAGACACGUGGUCUAUGAAGACUGUUGUCAUAGAGGAGACAGACACGUGGUCUAUGAAGACUGUUGUUAGAGAGUAGGGAGACACGUGGUCUAUGAAGACUGUUGUUAGAGAGGAGACAGACACGUGGUCUAUGAAGACUGUUGUUAAAGAGGAGGGAGACACGUGGUCUAUGAAGACUGUUGUUAGAGAGGAGGGAGACACGUGGUCUAUGAAGACUGUUGUUAGAGAGUAGGGAGACACGUGGUCUAUGAAGACUGUUGUUAAAGAGGAGACAGACACGUGGUCUAUGAAGACUGUUGUUAAAGAGGAGACAGACACGUGGUCUAUGAAGACUGUUGUUAGAGACGAGGGAGACACGUGGUCUAUGAAGACUGUUGUUAGAGAGGAGACAUGUGGUCUGGAAAUAGUCAUUGUUUUCUCUCUCUCCUCUCUUUGUCAUUUGGAAGGGCUGUCUGUUUGUCUUUGUCUGUCUCUGUAUUUCUCCGUCUGUCUCCGUCUGUGUGGCAGAACAAGCUACUACAAUGUGAAGGUUGGUCGCGCGAGAAAUAGCGGUUUGACUCCCCUCCUCUCGGAAAGGGGUUAGAACACAGGGUCUGUGAGAACAUGUUUAGAUGAAACAUCUCAGAGAGGUUGCCUUGCAUGGCUAUGAAUUGUUCACUUCAUUGUACCAUUGUGACAUUUUCAAGGCAAACAAACAAAGAAUGUAGCAUUGGUCAAUCUUAAGUGCUUGAACCCUUCUUCUCUCUGUGGUGAGCUGAUGUUCAAGGGUUACCUCUAUGUAAGGUUAUUGUAAAGGGGUUAACGAUUGUAUAAUUGUUUUUGCUAAGAGCUGAGAAUUCAGGUAUCAAAGGGCCUAAAUGUACGGCCAUAAUCACAUUAAGUUAAAGUUUUUAGAUUAUGAGUUUUACUAAUAUAUAAGCAUUGUAAUUUGAUGCAGUUUAGAGUAGGAGAGAACGAUUGAAACUCUUUAAAAUGUUUGAUAAAAAUCAUUGAACCGUUGUAACUCUGCGUGUGUGUUUUUAUAUCGACGUGUGGAGGCACACAUCGAGUACCAACUCACAUUUUUCUAUUAUUUUAUGUUAUUUCAGCUGGGUUUUUUCCCCCACUGAUUUCAUUCUUCUAUGUAUUCUGUCUGCUGGUGAUAAUUGACUGGGAAUCAUGUUGACUCAAUGUGCUUCUUGCACUGCUUGUAUGUAAAGUGUGAACGUUCCACUGGAACGUUUGGCUGCGUCUCAAAUGGCAUGCUAUUCCCUAGAUAGUGUCACCCUAUUCCUUAAAUAUUCCCAUAUACACUAUAAAAGGGAAUAGGCUGCCAUUUGAGAUGUAUCCUUUGACUGGUCAACUAGGGACCAUAGUUUCCGUUAGUUCGUAAGUGACCUGUCAGGGAUGUCCGUUUUCACUCCGUCUGUUCGUCAAAGGGGUCCAUGUGGAUGUUAUUAAUUAAAAAAGGGAAAUAGUUUUGUGGUAGUUGUAUGUUUUUCUUUUCAGAUGCUUUUGCUGUAAAUGAAUUCUUUCUGUGUGUAAGUCUGGAAAACAAAUGUGUGUUCUUUCAAUCACCGAUCUGCUUUGUCAUUAAAGUAUCUCUUUCUGUAUGUUUUUAA